UUCCGCGUUGAAUCUCUGCUGCAGGAGCUGAAUGAAGUUGACAGGCAGCCAGUGUUACGCGUUAAGCCUUUCACGGUGGCGUUAAACAGCGGCUCUGUCUAAUACAUUCCGGUAUAUCUCAUUUCUCAUCAUGCUAACACGGAUGAGAUCAGCCGUUUCCAACAUGAUCGGCGGCAUCAUGGCUUCUGGUGGUGGUGCAAACGAGGCGAGUGAGAACAACAGCGGUACAAAUAUACCGCCGAGAUUCCCGUACUGUCGACCCGAUUUCCUCGGCCUGUGUGCGGAUGAGCUGGAGGGUUUGACUGAUCACAUCACCAGACCGGUCCUGAGCGUGAAGGAAAGCAACCGGCUGCCCUGGUCCACUGGCUAUGCAGAGGUGAUUAACGCUGGUAAGAGUGCUCUGAAUGAAGACCAGGCCUGCUGUGAGGUGGUGGAGCUGAGGAAAAGACCUGCUGAUCCUGCCAGUCCAAGCUACACUCCCACCACCAGGAGGCGAUCUUCACUACCGACCAGAGACUCUCUGGAGUCUAAAGAGGACUCUCUCAUUCAGGAGAGCUCGCAUGAAGAGGAAGAUCUGUAUUUCCACUACUGGGCACUCUUUGAUGGCCAUGCUGGUUCAGGUGCUGCCGUCUUUGCGUCCAAGUUCCUGCACCUGCACAUUGAGGAGCAGCUGCAGAGUGUGCUGGAAAUCCUGCAGAAGCCUUCGCUGCAGCCCCCUACAUGUCUCGGUGAGGAGACCAGCUUGCACGUUCGCCAGAGUGGAGGCUCAUCACAGCGAGCGCUGUCCAGAGCCGCAUCACUGAGGGGUGCUGCGGGAGCACCAGGUUCACCCAACACACCAACUCCACGCUUCUUCAUGGAGAAGAAGGUGAAGCAGGAGAGCCUGGUGAUUGGUGCAAUUGAGAACGCUUUCAAAGAGAUGGACAAACAUAUUGGCCGAGAGAGGGGUGUGUAUGAUAUCUCUGGCGGGUGUACAGCUUUAGCAGUUAUGUGCUUGUUGGGGAAGCUUUAUGUGGCCAAUGCAGGAGACAGCAGGGCCAUAAUUCUGCGUAGUGGGGAAAUCAUCCCAAUGUCAAGUGCCUUCACUCCAGAGUCAGAGAGACAGAGACUUCAGUGUUUGGCUUAUAUGCAGCCUCACUUGUUGGGAAAUGAGUUCACACACUUGGAGUUCCCUAGAACAGUUUGCAAGAAGGAGGUGGGAAAGAGAAUGCUGUACAGAGACUAUAGUAUGAAAGGCUGGGCAUAUAAAACUGUGCAGGAGGAUGACCUUAAGUUUCCACUGGUUUUUGGAGAGGGGAAGAAGGCCCGGGUGAUGGCCACUAUUGGUGUUACCAGAGGAUUUGGUGAUCAUGAUCUAAAGGUUCAUGGCACGGACGUCUCCAUUAAACCUUUUCUCUCCUGCAGUCCAGAGGUGAGAGUGUACAACUUGGAGCAGUUUGAACAUGGGGCUGACGACGUCAUGAUUUUGGCUACAGAUGGCUUAUGGGAUGUUCUUUCCAACAAGGAGGUGGCUGAGGCAGUUACUAGUUUCCUUGGAAACUGUGACCCUGACAACCAUCACAGGUAUACACUGGCAGCCCAGGAGCUGGUGAUGAAAGCUAGAGGGGUAGUUACUGAACAAGGCUGGAGGACAAUGAAUGGUAGGCUGGGAUCUGGUGAUGACAUAUCUGUUUACAUCAUUCCUCUAAUGUUCGGAAACAGACAGCCACAGUCAAGGUGACCCACAGAGAGACACAGAACAAAGAACAUUGAAUGAGGGGGUGUAAACCAUUUAGAGGCUUUCACUGGUUGAAUUUUGACUUAUGACUGAAUUACUGGAGUUUACAUUUGAUUAAACAUAAUUUUGAAACAACACGGACACCAAAUGUCCGUGUUCUACAGAAUCUACUGGUACUGUCAAGGACCGGUUGUUGAUAUUGUUCAAGUCUUCCUCUUGCCUUCUGUUAAUGUAUUGUCUUAACACAGGUGAUUGUUUUCUUUUUUCCUCUUGUCCAUUCUGUGAAUGGAAAUGAAAGUGAAUCCUUGGAAUGGAUAAUUUGAUUUUAUUGUGCAUAUGUGAACUAAUGUAUUUAGAAUUGUAUUUGAAAAACUGCCUUUCCACGGUGCUCUCUCACAUACACUCUGAGGGUCGAUUUCUGAGUAUGUUUUACAGUAACACAAAGCUGAAAAGCACUUUUCUACUUACAAUAUAGGGAGCAUGAAUGACCUCUACAGCUAAAACUAAGGAUUUUUUUGUAAAUUACAUAAGACAGUAAAUUGUUAAGGGAAUGAAUUUAUUCUGAUUUAUUGUGAUUUAGUCUUUUGCCUACUUUCUAUAAGAAUAAUGGUACACUCAAAAAAUACUGAAGCCAAUAAACAUGUCCUCAAUAAAAUUUUUAUUAGCAUCAUAUAUAACAAUUAAACUUUAAACUAUUGGUCAGCUUUGGCAUUUUAAAAAAUAUGAUUGUGAUAUCUUUCAGGCCUCAGGACUGUUUGCUAAAAUACUAUAUUUACGUUUUUUUUUUUUUACUUACUUUAAACCCCCAAGGUAAAUAUUUAUCCUUCAUGUGUUUUCCAGAAUAACCCCCCUAACAGAAAUGUGAUGGAAAUACCAAGCAAAAAUCACUGCAAUAACACUAUACACCAUUUGGAGUACAUUGCCAAGUCUACCUCUAGGUUUGUGCUCUAUAGUUGUUGUUCUUUUUUCGGCUGCUCUCGUUAGGGGUCGCCGCAGUGGAUCAUUGGUCCAUAUAUUUGAUUUGGCACAGUUUUUACACCGGAUGCCCUUCCUGACGCAACCCUCACCAAUUUUAUCUGGGCUUGGGACCGGCACUGGGAGUGCACUGUCGUGUGCAACCCCAGUGGCUGGGGUAGGUUCCCUGGCCGCGAAUCGAACUUGGGCCGCAGUGGUGAGAACGCUGUGGCCUAACCACUAGUCCUCCAGGGACCCAGGUUGGUACAUUACAGUGUUGGGGGAAAAAAUAACCUUCUUGUAUGACUUAUUGUAUGAUGCCCUGAAAACAUCAUGUUGUCAAAGGCCUUAGUUUUUUUGGUUUCUUUUUAAACAAUAAACUACAUUUUAAAUCUGUAA